UUACGCUUCUUGUUUUUGAAUUACAAUUUAAAAUACCUAAAAAUAUUUUCAUUCCUUAAAUGUCGUCGUACUUUUUAGAAUAACAAACGUUUUAUAUUGAUUCUUUUAUGAAGAGUUUGAUGAAAUGAAUCAAACUAAAAGAGAUAUUAAUUUAAUUUAUCUACAGUACUUAUAAUUCAACUGCUUCUUAUAUUAAAGUAAUGUCAGGAGAAACUCAAAAAAGUAUUGUUUCCCUCAUUGAAGAUGGAGGUAAUAAACCUGUUUUGACUAAAUACGUAAAGUUAAAUGUUGGAGGUUCACUUUUCUACACAACGUUGGGUACAUUAACUAAAAGAGCUGAUAGUAUGUUGCGAGCAAUGUUUAGUGGUAGAAUGGAAGUGUUAACUGAUACUGAAGGUUGGGUUCUAAUUGAUCGAGCUGGAAAGCAUUUUGGAAGAAUCUUAAAUUAUCUUCGGGACGGACAGUGUCCUAUGCCUGAAGAUAAAAUGGAGUUAAAAGAGCUUUUGGCAGAAGCAAAGUAUUAUUGCCUUCAAGAACUUAUUAAUUGUGUAGAAGAUGAACUAAAGAAAAAGGGGGAUGAUGUUGAACCUCAGUGUCGCGUGCCUCUUGUAACUUCUUCAAAAGAGGAGAGAAUGUUAAUUAUGAAUGCAGAAAAACCUGUCAUUAAGUUGGUGUGCAAUCGAUACAAUAAUAAAUAUUCCUAUACAAGCCAAUCUGAUGACAAUAUUCUAAAGAAUUUAGAGCUUUUUGACAAACUCUCGUUACGCUUUAACGGAAGAAUACUUUUUAUAAAAGAUAUUAUUGCCAACGAUGAAAUAUGUUGUUGGUCAUUCUAUGGAAACGGUAAAAAAGUUACCGAAGUUUGUUGUACUUCAAUAGUUUAUGCUACAGAACGAAAGCAAACAAAGGUAGAUUUUCCUGAAGCUAGAAUUUACGAGGAUACCUUGAACAUUUUGUUAUUUGAGGGUCGUGGAGAACUAGCGGCCCUUGAUCAGUUACUACGUGCAACUAAGUCAUUAAAUAGAAAUCGUGAUCGAGAGCGUGACGAUAAUGAUGAAGGAUCAAAUAUGAGAAGGUCAAGAGUUCACCAGCUUGCUAAUGACUCGUGAUUUUUUUCUUUUUUUUUUUUUUUUUAACAUUACAAUUUUGUUACUAAAUCAAAUUUUUAUAUUGGAGUAAAGUUAAUUUCAUGCAAUUUUUAUAUUGGAGAAAGUUUCCCGCAAUUUUUAUAUCGGAAAAUUUUCCGUAAGAAUUAUAUUAGAGAAAAGUUUCUGCAUUUAUUA